AUGAUCUCUACCACGUCCGAAACUGUCUAUGAAAUGCUGCCAGAGGAUUAUGAUAAAGACGCCAUCUACCGCCAUAUCGUCAGCGUGCUAAUGAAACGAGCCUCCAAGCAAACCGUACCUGUCACUCCAGAGUUGUCUACCAUGAUUGUUGCUCAGAUAAAGGCUCGCAUACACACUCAGAUUACUACCAAGAUCUCCGCAUCUAUCUUUCAGAUAAUAAAAGCAAGUAUUACUAUUAAAACCAGCAUCAUGGGAGGUGCAGUACAUGUAGGCAAUGCUCAAAUCGAGGCUAUUCAAACAGCUGCUGUAGAUGGAUUACAAACGCAAAUGACGAAAACUGUAGAGAAAGAAAUAGAAGAGUCUCUCUCAGAAUCGAUUACCUUCGCUAUUGAUCAAUUACUGGCUGCACCUGCCGCCAAAAGCCAAAAAAUACUUAGCACAAAGCAACUGACAAAUGUCCUGAUCAAGGCAGAAACGAUUGCUAGAACCGAACUCAAAGUCAAACUACCCGCUAUUCAAAAGACGCUCAAGUCGUGUGUGGAUAAACAGCUGAAUACACACAUCAAGGAUUUACAAGUGGAUAUUCCUGGUGUACUAAAAAUUCAAAUUAGUGCUAAUGUGGAUGUGAUAUCAUCCGUAAAAACGGCUGUACAAAAAAUAUACAAAUCUUAUGCCGAUGUUAGUGUAGCAGUAGCCGUACAAUCUUACAUAAAAGGCAUUACAGUAUCAGCGUCGAAAUUGUCAGCUGCUAAAGGAGGUACUACGUAA